UGACUAUUGGUCUGAAAGUCCGUCACUGGGAAAUCAGUCAAUAAAAACUGCUAUUUCCCGUGACAGGUACAAACUUAUUAGUUCGAAACUUUACUUCGCCUCGCCAAAAAAACCAGAUAAUGCUGAUAAAACCUAUUACAUUCAGGAUGUUGUAGAAUGUCUGAAAUCAACAUUCCAAAAGUACCGAGAAGACAGUAGCUUUCAGAGUAUCGAUGAAAGUAUGACAAAAUUCAAAGGCCGAUCAUCCCUAAAGCAGUAUAUGCCGAUGAAACCGGUAAAACGUGGAAUAAAAAUGUGGCUACGAUGUGAUGCUCAGUCAGGAUACACAUACGAUUUCAAUAUCUAUGCUGGGCGAGAAACGGAGGCACAAAUAGGUACAUUGGGAGAGCGAGUGGUGAACUCCCUUGCUUCUACAAUCCGCCAAGAUGAUGUAACUCUUUGUUUCGAUCGUUUUUUCACAACAGUGAAUUUAUUGGAAACAAUAAAAUAUCCCGCAUUGGGUACUUGUAUGAGCAAUCGGAGGAAUCUACCAAAAAUCGACACAAAGUUGGAGAAAAGUCAGUACGUAUUCAAAUGUACGCCAAAAGGAUUGCUAUAUGUCAAGUGGCGGGAUACAAAGGAUGUAUGUGUUCUGAGUAAUUGCCAUUCAAAUGAUGUAACCACUGUUAAAAAAACACAAAAGGAUGGUAAGAAAGUCACAGUACAAUGUCCUGCUAUGAUUGCAUUUUAUAGAGAAAUCAUGGGAGGGGUCGACUUAGCCGAUCAGAUGUCAGGCCUUUAUGAACUAGAUCGGAAAUCCACCAAAUGGUGGAAGAAAAUCUUUUAUAGGCUGAUGAUGAUGGCUGCAGUUAAUUCUUGGAUAAUAUACUGUCAACUCAAGAAAAAAAAAAUUCCUUUCAAAAGUUUUCUUGUUCUGCUUGCUGAAGAAUUAGUAUUAGAAGGCAUGAAAACCACAUCAGUCAAAAGAUCAUCAAAGAAUGGGCGCUUAUCAAAAAAGGGGAAAACAAUGAAAAACGUCUCAUUACAUUUACCUUACGAAGGAGGAACAAGAAGGCGUUGCAAAAGGUGCACAACACUCGGAAAACAAUCGAGGACAAAAAUGGUUUGCAAAGAAUGCGACUUACCACUUUGCAAAUCAUGCUUUGCCGAUUAUCAUAUGUCAUAAUAAUAGCCGAUAAUAUCUUAGUAACACAGUUUUAUAAAAUUGUCUUUGUUUACAAACACUUUGUAUAAAUAAAAGUGAGUUUGAAAGUACUUGUUGUAUACAUAAUAUCUAUUGCUUGAGACUAGUGGUACACAUAAGUACCGUACUACAGAACUGGUGGUACACUGUUGUACCACACCCCCACCCCCAAAAUAAUAAAAAAAAUAAUGUUUUUUCAAUGCAGAAUUCAUGUAUAUUCACAACUAAACACGAAACAGUCAUUGGAUUUAUUAAUAUUUUUCAUAUACGAAUGCCGUCUCGAAAGG